AUGAGAAACUGCUGUGCGGUGAAUUGUGCUAAUCGAGGUGGUCAAGGAUGGAGAUUCUUCACUAUACCAAGAGGAUCUCACCCCUUCCAAAAGAAUAGAAGACGGUUGUGGCUGCAAGCCAUAAAACGAGUGGAUUGGGGCCCUGAUGGUCUGAGGGGUGAUUAUAGCUUGUGUGGAGCUCAUUUCAUCUCUGGAGAACCUUCUAUGGACUACGACAGCCCCGAUUUUGUUCCAUCAAUAUUUCCCCAAGGCAAACAGACAAGAAACUCAAAGACAAGAUGCAGUAAAGCACAGUCUAAUGGCAGUGCUGUUGCCCUGGCAAGUCCAGACACAGAGGUUGAUGUCCUUCCUGACUGUUCUGAAGUGCUGCAUGGUCCUGACUGUUACCAUAGUGACCAAAGCACGCUGGAGGAUGAAAGUCAGACGCUGGACCUGAAUAUCAAAGAAGAAGAUGUGAAUCAUUUUAUGUAUCUAAACUAUUCUGGAGUUCUGAAAGAGGAAAAGAAAGAGGAAACGUGGGAGUGUCCUCAGCCUGGGAAAUUGGGUCCUGACUGUAACCAUAGUGACCUAAGCAAGCCAGAUCCAAAGAUGGAGUCAGUCAAGAUUGAGGAUGAAAGUCAGACACUGGAGCUGACUGUUAAAAUCAAAGGAGAAGAAGAGGAGGAAACGUAUGGCACUGAAUGUGGCAAGACCUCUUUGGCAACAAGGAAUCAGCUCACGUCCACUGGAGAGAAGUCCUACCAUUGCUCUGACUGUGGGAAGAGUUUCAGUCAACAUUCAAACUUAAAACAGCAUCAGAGAACACACACAAGGGAGAAAUCUCAUAGCUGUUCUGACUGUGGAAAGAUCUUCAGUCAUAAAUGGAGUUUGUUAUACCACCAGAGAAUACAUACAGGGGAGAAACCGUAUAGCUGCUCGGACUGUGGGAAAAGUUUCAGGCAAAAGGGGAGUAUGGUACAACAUCAGAGAACACAUACAGGGGAGAAAUCCUAUAGCUGCUCUGACUGUGGGAAGAGUUUUACCGCAUCUUCUACUCUAAAGAACCACCAGCGUAAAACACACUAGAGAAAAGCUUCACUCGACAUCAACAUUUCUCUCAACAUCAGAGAACAGUGUGUUGGAUGCGUUUGUUUUGGUUGUUUCAGAUGUUGUGCCCAAUAGAAAUUAAAGGUAAAUAAUGUAUUGUCACUUUUAUUGUAAAUAAAAAUAGAAUGUGUUUCUAAGCACUUCUACAUUAAUAUGGAUGUGACCAUGAUUAUGGAUAAUUGUGAAUGAUGAGUUAGGCAUAAAUAUCAUAUACACCCCCCCCCC